CAGAUAGCACUGCUACUGUUAGGAGACUGUUUCAGUCAGGAAAAUGUUCAGUCUCUUGAAAUGUAAUCUUGUGUUCACUGGUUUAUAUCUGCCGUGCCGUCUUCAAAGACGCCUACAGAAAACAGCUGUUCAAUACAAAUAAUGCUUUCCAUGUUCAAACAGCAGAAGAAUGGCAGAGAACAAAACACCCAACUCGGGCUCCAGUAGCCAAAUGAUGAUGGAAGUAACCAUGAGCAGUACACCGAUGGAUCCAACAACAGUUCUUACGAGAUCAUCUGAGGGGAUCAAGAUGCCACAGGACCUCUUCUUGAACCUGAACAACAGACUUUUAACACCAACAAAUGAAGGGGCCAGCCGGGACCACACCGAGCCCCUGGACCACACCAAACCCAAGACCACUACAAAGGACAACAGAACCAGGAGGGAAGAACAGACCACACAUGCCCUUGGGUUUUUGCUUACUCAGAUGGAUACACACCCCUUCCAGUUCUCCAGCUAAGGUACUGGAGUACAAAUUAAUCACCCCCAAAGCAGAAUGAGCUCACAGAAUACGAAGUCCCUGAUUACUAGGUUUGAAAGAUUGAUCAAGACCUACAAAAACCUAGAACAUGACAACUUCUACUUGGAGAGGUGCUUGGAGCUGAAUAUAGUCCCACAAGGUCUUAGAUGUAACAGAUUCCCUAACAAGACCUCUCUGAACUCUCAGUUGUAUAAAGAGCUGGUAAAAAUAUAUAAAGACUCUGGACUAGCAGCCAUCAAAACCCUUAUCUGAAGAAACACUGAGAGCAUGGCCCACCCACAAGACUCAAAUAGAUGAACUACAAACACGUACCCAGUGGGAUCCCACUUUUAAAGAACACACAGAGGCAUGGGAGAAUGUACCGUACAGGAUUACUAGACAUGUGGUGACGUUGAUUGAAUGCAAAAAAAGCAAAUUACUCAGGGACAUGAAACAAUAUAAGGAUGGUUAUGCAUACCCAAUUAAGUCAACACUCUCCCAAAACACGUGGAGAUGGCAAGGAGACUAUCCCACAACCGGCUCAAUGCCUAUAUUGGAACUCCAAGGAUUAACUAAUGAACUCAAUGCAACCAAGAAGGAGGGAUCCCUUCAUACACCAAAUCCACCAGUCGAGAACAGGUCCCCAACUAUGCAUAAGAGGGCACAAACCCCACUCCAAAACCAGCCAAGUCCACUAACCCCACUUCAAAAUCAGCCAACAUGGAACAGACCGGACAUCAAUGAAUGGAACCACGGAGACAGCGGCAACACAAGCCACACAACACCAGACCAAGCAACCAACCAAGGAGGGGACUGCCAGACCUUGCCACCAAGCGACUGGCCCGACAUUAAUGCAACUGAUAACAGCAGCAUUUUUUAUCUUCAAAUGGACUCACAACCACAACCAGGACUUACACCAGGUUCAGACCUGGAGGUCAUGAUCAAAACUGGGGCCACAAUAACAACAAUAACGGGGGAAGAAGGGGGGAACAUUAAUCACAGGGGCAGAGGGAGAGCAAACAUAAAGCAGUGGUGAUUCGGCCGAGACUAACCCCUCCAACCACAUACCCAGUCUCCAGAUCCCAACCCCCAACAGUGCCGACCGGAGGCUUUCUUGUGUUGGUGAUAUCUUCAACCUGACCACAUGGGUUUUUUCAGAAAGUCACUAUGAGAUACUGAGGAAAGGCUUUUCGUGCAUCCUGGCACAUAGAGCCAACAUGGCAGACGUUAUCCUGGACCUCAAGUGCUACCUGAGGAAAUUACAAUUGAAAACAGACUUACAACAGUGUGAUGAUGACAGUAAAGAAAGCUCAGAUGAUGAGGACGGGCCCCUUAUUUUGAGAAGCCUGUACACUCCGCCCUCUACAACAUGCUGAACCUUUUUGCAAGAACCUGCGAGUGGGACAUCAGGAAACUCCUUUCUGAUAAACACUCCGCAAGGUGGCACAACCUGAACAGAGAAUAAAGACAAGCCUGGAAAAAACUUAGCCAGGACAAAUCCCUCCAUAUCAUGAAGGCAGAUAAGGGAUCUGGGACGAUGGUGAUGGAACAAAAGAAAUACAUCCAAACUUUUGAGAGAUCACUAACCGAUGAUCAGGUCUACAAGAACAUCAGCAUCAAGCAGGCUCAACAACAUUUUAAACAAAUCGAUGACCUCAUACUAGAACUGUACCUCAGGGAUGAGAUCACACAAGCUGAAAAAGAUUUUAUGCUAGUCACAAAACCCAGCCUUGGGAAAUUCUUUGGAAUCCCUAAGGUACACAUGAAUCCUGAUGACCCACCUUUCCGCCACGUGGUUUCAAACCAGAGGACAAAAACUAAAAAGAUAUCCCAGUAUGUCGAUCACAUCCUCAGCCCAAUUGUCCAAAGCAGCAAAUACUACACUAAGGACUUUUGGGCAUUCUUGAACAAUAUCUCCAAACUCAAACUGGAUGGUGAGGAAUAUCUGUUGGUUACCUUGGAUGUCGAAGAUCUCUAUAGGAACAUCCCCCACACCAGAGGACUAACCCUCACCAGACAGUACCUAACCAGACACUCCAACCUGAGUGUGACUAAGAUUAAUACUGUAUGCAGAAUCACAGAAGCAGUAUUAAAGAAUAACUUCUUUCAGUUCAAUGGGAAAAUUUACCACCAGCAGAAAGGAGCAGCCAUGGGGUCUAAGAUGGCCCCAGCCUAUGCGAACUUAGUCUUCAGUGCCUGGGAAAUGGAUAAGGUUGAAAGGCUUCCAUGUUUCAACAACACCAUAAUGUAUAGACGUUAUAUUGAUGAUGUCUUUUUUGUCUGGAAAGGAGACAGACCUUCACUUAACAGCUUCCUGGAAUCCCUCUUCCACAGUCUGGACUUUCUGACCCUCACAAUAGGACACGUUGGUAUGCCAACCCAGUUUCUGGACAUCCACCUUACAGUGGACCCACAGAGUGGUUAUUUCAACUCCAAUAUAUAUACCGCAAGCCCACCUUUAGAAGUAAUUAUCUGGAGUAUGGCAGUCAACAUCCACAAUUCAUGAAAAAAAAUAUUGUGAAGGGGCAAUUUAUCCAGCUAUCCAGACUCAUCUACAAUGACGAGGUUUUCUUGACAGAAGGAUUUUACCUUAGAAAUUUGUUUCUAGAUCGAAAAUACCUGGAGCACUUAGUGGACAAUCUCUUCCAGGAAGUUUUACAGCACAGGCAUUCCAGGUACCCAUCCAUCCUGGAAACGGGCUUCACAGCAAGAUCACUGAAUGGGUCAAACAAAAAGGACUGGGUGGUGAGUUUCCCCCUACCUAUAUCUACUGACAUGUUCAGAAUCAGAGGAGUCCUUAUCAACAACUGGGACAUCCUUGAGGGGGAGAAAGGCUUAACAACUAUACUUGGGGCUUCCCCGAACUUUUGCUUUAAAUGAACCUCUUCCCUAGGAGAUUCGUUACAGAAAAACAAAUGCCCACCCCCCCAAGACAGAAUAGAAAAAAACCCUGAGAUGUAUGAUUGUGGAAAAUGCAUUGCCUGUGUUUUUGUACAUAAAGGCAACAACAUCUCCUUCCCGCACUGCAACAGAACAGUCCGACUCCAUGACCAGUUUGACUGUAACUCUAAAAAUGUGGUUUACUGUGCUAUUUGUGAAUGCUGUGGCAGUUUACUAUAUAGGAAAAACCAACAGAAAGCUCUGAGUGCCCUUAUAAAGGAACACACCACAGCAAUCUGCAAGUGGGACAGUUUGAAUGCCAUAGCAAAACAUAGCACAAUCUGCCUGAAUUUCACAAUGUUUAAAUUCACGGUCUUGGAAAGAGUAACUGAGUUCGUAGGGGACGUUAACACAUUCUUAUAGGUCCACAAGAUGAAAUGGAAGCUCGAACUUAGAGCAGAUGCUAACCCAGGUCUUAAUGAAAACCUAAAUAUUAAAUGUGCCCUAAAAUUGUGUAGAGAUUGAAAGUGUUGAAAUAUAACUGGACUUGAUCUAAACAGAGGGUAGUCAUACAGUAUUUGUUAUUGUUGAAAUGUGACCUGACAGGGUGCAUUAGAGAUGUUUUUUUAUUUUCUCUCUUCUUCUCCACCCACUAUGCAGGACAAUCAGUACAGGCCCAUCCAACCCAGUCUCUCUUCGACCCAUAUUUUCUUUACCCACAGUUCUCUCCCUCCCCAGCUCCCCUCACGCAGCAACCAUUCCUUUUCUGGUUGCUGGCCCGUAGCAACCACACCACCACACAUUGCCUACCCUCCACUCCUCGUGAACCAUCUUGUACAUUGUCCUGACCAAAGUAUCUUCAGUCUUCUACACACUGUAGUCCACGCACAUAUGAACCCAGCCAAGUCUACCUUUCAAGACAUGAGUUACCCCAAAGAAUAACUUUUAAUUUUUGGGUCGUCCCGCUAGGGACGAAUAUUUCUUGCUAUUAACCCUAGACUUCAUGGGUCGACGUUGUUUACACCACUGGUGUUAUGUUAGGUAUCGCAAAUCAUAUGUGGUACACACGGUUGCUCGGUAUGCACACGACACCUAUUAGGAAUGUCUGUUUUAGGUAUAUGGGAAGCACAUGACCCUUGUAUACACACGGCACUACAGGUUCCCCUUUGGAUAACUCAUUUAUAUUAUUUUAUAUUGAAGAUGCGCACAGCACCUUGCAGGACUACUGGUAACUGAAUCACCUCUUUAUUAUAAUGAUAAUAAAGAUGCAAGCAGCACCUUGCAGGACCACUGGUCUCACAGUAUUAUUGGUUAGGAACUGUGUUGGUUAUUUAAAUAAA